AUGAGAUCCACCUUGGUUAGAAGACUGGCUGAUCCUUGGGCCAAGAGAGAGGCUUGGAGAUACGAAGGUCAUUUUACAAAGGCUAACAUGUACAGAAACCUCUGGCCAGGAUUUACAUACGGUGUCGGUGCCUUCGUUCUCUACUGUAUUGGUGAGAAGGCGCUCGGUGGUAAAUCACAUAGCGAACAUGGUGCAGAACACAGCGAACACUGAUAACUUCCUCCUAUGAGAUUGUAUUUAUUUCUAUUCUCCUAUUUAUUACUCCAUCUCACUCUAUUUAUUGAUAUCAUAUACUAUUAAGACCUCUGUGCGUAGGGAGAACACCAG